ACACGCUGCAUAGCUUCGAUACGAGCAGGUAUACUAACAUUAUGCUCUGGUUUUAGUGUCAAUCGAAAAUUUCAAGGACGUAAACAGUAGUCUCGGUUUGCUCAACUUCCACAACCGUCAUAACUCACUGGUGAUGGAGCUGUGGUCAAACUUAUGUAGCUCACUGAAUGGAAAAACGUAUUUUAUUGACGUCGGAGAGACAGGAAUCAUUAAAGGAGGAAAUGCAAGCAGCCUGGCCUCUAGUGAAAACUUGGAACAGUCUGCCCCCCAGCGGUGCAGUGUGGAACUAGUCACUUGCCCAUCAUGUCACAUUGUUGUCUCGAAUCUCAGCGUGAACAUUCCAAAGUGCAGUUCUGUUGAGUCAUGCAGGUGCGAUUAUGUCUUCAUUAAAGAGACAGCCUACGCGAAAUUCGGUCAGGAGUUUUGUGGAACUACAAGUAACCAGUCCUCAACUAUGCAGUAUGAAUCGAAGACAAAGCUGAUUACCAUCGAGGUCCUUCACAGCUUCCCGUCCACAGACAGUUUCGCUGUACAGUUCAAGGCAGUCAAAAACGUGUACGUUUUGAAAGGCCAUCACGACUUUUACCAGUCGAAUACCACAGGGUUUUUUGAGUCUCCACACUUCCCUGUUGACUAUCCCAGGGAUUACAGUGCCGAGUACAUUAUUAGGAACAUCGAGAAUAAAGGAUAUAUACAGUUGAUAUUCACUGACUUCCAGCUGUCUUACUGGUCCUACAUUGAGGUAUAUGACAGCGACAGCACUCGGAUCAAUGUGUACAGGGGUAACGUUUUCAGACCGCCAAUCAUCAUUUCUUCAGGACCUAUCUUAACGUUAAAGUUUCAAGCCAGUGAUGGACAUCCCAGUCGUGGAUUUCGUGCUAAAUACACUUUUAUCAGCCCACCUCACAAAGACUGGCUGACCCAACCAUCAACGGACUGCGGCGGGAUCGUUGACGACAAGGGCGGAGCUAUAACCAUGAUGAAUAUGUCGAGCAGUAUUGAGCUUCAGCCUUAUGACUGCGUAUGGUUAAUACGCCCAAGAAACUCGGAUACUUACGAAACACAUCUUUUCAUUCGUGUUGCAGAAUUCGAGUUCAUGGGACCAAAGUCCGUUUUAGUAAUUCAUCAGGGACUGACAUCAAAGUCCAAUGUACUGGAAACUGUUACAAGUUAUCGACACCACAAGAUUCCUCGAGGACGAGAAUACGUAAUUCCAGCCAAUGAAGGUUUCUAUGUCAGAUUAAAGGGUUUCUUCAGUAACAAGUCUAGACUAGCAAUCGUAUAUGGAACGUUUCGUUAUGAAGAAUGUUAUUCUACUGGAGAGUUCCAAUGUUUGGACGGUCGGUGUUUGACGCACAGACUUCGUUGUGAUGCAUUCAACCAUUGUGUUGAUGGUUCUGAUGAACAUUCUUGUUCAGGACAUAAAGGCUUAACAAGUUCAUCGGAUAGCGACUGGUGGGAAAUCUUGACCCCAAACUACUAUUUUCCUAAGCACGCUAAAAUCUCAGAAGGAGGAAACAAUACUAUAGUCUUGAUAGCUUGCUUAGCUGGAAUUGGAAUAUUUAUCUUAACCACGAUAAUGAUUUUGGUGAAGCUUCACAAGAAACGAUCCGAUGCAGAUGCCACCAGAGGAAGUCUCCGCACAAUCAGUGGGGAAAUUGAUCAGAGUCGAAUAACAAGUCGUCUUAUUGUGAUGUCAGAUCCUCCACGUUACGACCCUCCGCCGUCUUAUGAAGAUGUUUUAAAAUUUUAUUUGUCACCGCCACCAACCUACACUAGUGUUUUUGGGAAUCGCCUUAACCAGGAAAGAAGUCUUAGAGAAGUUUCUGGAAAUUUAUUCGCGAUUGAUAAUGUUGCCUAUGUGUCUGACAGUCCGACUGACCAAGAAAUGGAAACGUCUCAGGUUCUACAAGUCGAUCAAACUGGAGGAUGUCAUAGAUCAGUUCUUACAGAUUCUUUACCUUUACCUCCAUAUUCAGCUACUAGUGAAAGGGGACCGGAAGAGGAUACCAAAGAGAUUUCUGCUAAUUCUAUUUCUACAGUUGAAAAACGUACGACACCUUCUGUCAGUCUUAGCCAAGGAAUGCAUAAUAUACUACCAGACGAAUGCGCCAACAUUUCCGAAUCUGAGUUUGAUCAUCUUGACCCAUGUGGAUUUGGUUGUCCUGAGAAUUUAACUUCAGAAGGUCAAGCUGAGUGGCGUCUAGGGCAUAAAUAUUCUGCCAACAGUACGUCCACCACCUCAAUCUUUGGAAUUUAUGAUGUCCCAAAACCCACAACAAAAGUUACAACCCAUUACAGAUGCAAUUGUGAUGGUGAUUGUUUAUGCCCUGGUUCUUCAGUAUCAAGACAAAUACCAAGACUUCUGCUUGACGCUCCAUCAUGUCGUUGUAUAGAUAAAUCUUUCUACGAAAUUAUAAAAAAAGAUCAAGAUGAAGUACGUCCUUCAACAUCUUAUGAAAUUGAUAAAAAUUCAUCGCUUGUGAGAGGCUAUUCUGCAAUGAUUUGUGCAGGAAAUUCGUUGAAGCAGGCUGAAGAUUCAGACCAGAAUAACUUAAUUUCUCGUCGCUCUUCGUCAGCAAUCACUGCUUCGUCAAUCAAUAAUUUGCUAGUUAUGAAUUUGUCUGAACUGACACAAUCUCAGCCAGAUUUGACCAAAAUUUAUAAAGAGAAACCGUCUAGAAGAAACUCUCGAUCUUUCGGCCAUUUUGAUUUCGCAGCGAUUUUAAAACCAAAUCAAUCACGCGUCUUCUCAAACAGUAAAUCGAUUUUGAGUGAUGGCUAUAAAGCUAAUGACCUCGGGAAAUGUUUGACUAUACUUAAGAGCCAGGAAAAUCAUUCCGGCACUUACACAUUGGGUUUUCAACUGUCACCCCAAACAACAGUUUCUUUAACUCACAAAGAACAAAGUUUUCAAAAGAAUUCAAGAACUGUUUCUGAACGUAGUGGCAUUUCUACAUUACAAGUUCUAGAAUCUGACUCUAAAUCUUCAACAGAGAAAAAUACAAGUGGAGAUGCUACACCCCUUCUACAUCGCAUUAGAUCUCGCUUGAUGUUGUUGUCUACAUCAGAAGACAGACGUAAAGUUUCUCCAAUGUCGCUAUCUUCAUCAGAAUGUAGACACAAACCCCACUGUAAACUCUCAAGCAAAUUAUAUUGAAAUUUUAACCACAGUACUUGAAUUACUGUUGUUGUUUUUUGUGUUUCUUUAUGCUGGCGAAACCUGAAAAAUGUUCGAGUAUUAUAUUUUUAGCUGCUGGACCAUCCUUACUUAUAAAAGACCAAUUUAUUAUCGAGAUAUUUACCAAUUUCGAAAUGUUAGGAGUGUGAUAGAAAACGUUCGAAUUUCCUUUUACGAAUUCAUCAUUCUACGAAUUAAAUUAGAACUUUUCGAAUCAGAGUUGGUUUUUAUAGUACCAGUAGCUGUUUGUGUGCAAUAAUUGCAUGGUCUCGUUGUCACAGACUUGAAUCACAGUUGGUUGUUAUAGUACCAGUAGCUGUUUGUGUGCAAUAAUUGCAUGGUCUCGUUGUCACAGACUUCUCGGGUAAUGUAAGUUCCAGAUAAAUUAACCAGUCAUUUUGAUUGGGCCAAAGACUGUUUCGUAAUUACUUGUACCAAAUAAUUUAAUAGUUCCAUCAAAUGAAGGUUUUCGUGUAAAAGCAUUUACAAUGACCACGUGAAAAACUGUUUUGGUUUUAUUAGUAUGUUCUUAAUCUUUCUUAUUAAAUUCUUUCAUGACUAUUCAACUAUCAUAAGAGACUUUAAAAACUUUAAUGUAAUAAUUCUAUACUUAUACAAUGGAAUAUUUGGAUCUUUUCUACAGCUAGAUUUCAGUUGAAAUAUAGCAUUUUCAUUUUUUUAUAUUUUAUGAAAUAAUAUAUGAUUUAUAAACCAAAAAACUACCAAAGGAAUUAAUUGCUGAUCUGGUUUGUUUGUUUGUAGUUAAGCACAAAGCUACACAAUGGGAUAUCUAUGCUCUUCCCACCACGGGUAUCGAAACCCACUUUCUAGCGUUGUAAGUCUGCAGACAUGCCGCUGUGCCACUGGGGGAGGGGGCACUGAUCUGGAGUGCUCAUUGGCUAUUGUCAAUGUAUUGACACUUAACGUUAAGCGGUAGCCAUAUUGCAGUUCCCUGGAUUGCCGAGUGUAACACUAACAACGUAUCCAAGAUAUGGUUGAAUGUUUUGUAUUCAUUUCACUAAUUCAAUUGUGAUGCUCUUAAUUUUUACGGUAUUUUUUGUCAAUUCACUACAUACAUUUU